CCUCGAUCUCCCAGAGAGCUAAACUAAAGCCUAAUCUAGAUUUCUUCCCGAUCAGUCUGGAUUUCUCGCAUUGCUGCUAAAUUAUCUGUUUGUAAGCUGCUUGUUUCGCGUUAUUUUUCUGCUGUCUUCGAGAUAUUUUCUUGAGGCCAUGAUUGGUCUUACUGUUUGAUAGCCUCGUGGCUUCUUUCAUCCAAAGGAGCGGAUCAAGUGCUACUCUGGGUACUUGCUGCUAUUCCAACGCUUGACCACUCAAAUGACGUUCACGCACGCUUCGUACACAGUCGCCUGGAUCUGCGCCUUGCCGUUAGAGUUGGCAGCUGCAAAAGUAUUCCUGGACCAAGUUCAUCCUCGACUAACUCAACCAGAAUCUGACCAUAACGUCUACACACUUGGGAGUGUUGCUGGCCAUAAUGUGGUGGUGGUCUGCCUUCCUACUGGUGUCUAUGGGACCACAUCUGCCACUGCUGCCGUCUCACACCUGAUGUCGACCUACCAAAAUGUUCGAUUUGGGCUGAUGGUCGGCGUUGGAGGAGGGGUUCCCGGGGGAAAUCCUGAUAUCCGCCUUGGCGAUAUUGUGGUUAGCAAGCCCACUGACACCUCAAGCGGGGUCAUUCAGUAUGACUAUGGCAAGACGCUCCAAAGUGGACGAUUUCAUAGGACCGGAUCGCUCAACAAGCCUCCUUCGUUAUUACUCAAAGUCAUUGCUCAGAUGGAGAGCGACAACAUGCUUGGAAAAGCCUCGCUCAGCCAUAUAAUAGCCAGCAGUCUUCAACAGGAGGAAGUACGCAAACAAUUUCCCCGGCCAUCAAAAGACCAGCUAUUUCAACCAACAUAUGAUCACGCACUUAACAGACCUGACUGUGCAACUUGUGAUCCAAGCCAGCUGGCGGACCGUCCCGAGCGGAUACCAAAGCCUUAUAUCCACUAUGGCUUGAUCGCUUCUGGAAAUCAGGUGAUGAGAGACGCCAAAGCACGUGAUCGGAUCGCUCAAGAGCUCGAUAUCCUCUGUUUCGAAAUGGAGGCUGCUGGACUUAUGGAUGAGAUCCCAUCACUUGUGAUACGAGGCAUCUGUGAUUAUUGCGACUCUCAUAAACAUAAAGAGUGGCAACCAUAUGCUGCUUUUGUUGCCGCUGCCUACGCGAAAGCUAUUCUCAUGCAGGUCCCCUUUCAGGAGCGGGCUAGUAACCUCAGGAAAUCAAUGCCUGAAAAGCGCCACUGGAUGGUACCUUUUCGGAAAAACCCUGGGUUUGUGGGCCGAGAAGGAGAAAUCGCGAUGAUCGAAGAACUAUUUGGAAAGACGGAUGGACCGUUCAAGGUCGCUCUCUGUGGGUUAGGUGGAGUAGGAAAAACUCAAAUUGCCCUUGAAUUGGCCUAUCGCGUACGCGAGAGAGACCCCACAUGCUCGAUCUUCUGGAUCCCGUGUACUAGCAACGCGAGCGUUGAACAAGCGUUCAUGGGCAUCGCACAAACUAUAGGACUCCAGGAAGUAAAGGCAUCUAAUGUAAAAGAGCGUGUCAAGGCCUACUUGAGUCAGAUAAACGGCCAGAAAUGGCUUCUGAUUUUUUACAAUGCAGACGAUACGGACAUGUGGGUUGGAGAUGGUGCUGGUGCAACAGAACUCGCAAAUUUCUUAGCUCCAAGUAAGCAGGGCCAUAUCCUCUUUACCACUCGCAAUCAAAAGCUAGCGGUGAGACUGGCAUCACGUUUUGUGGUCGUUGUCUCUGAACCGGAUGCAGAGACUGGUGUGAAGAUUCUGGAGGAGGCACUACAAAAGAAAGAGCUGCUUGGGAAUAGAGACGAAACAAUCACUCUUCUUAAGCGGUUAACUUUUUUGCCCCUAGCAAUCUCCCAGGCAGCGGCGUAUGUCAACUCAAAUGACAUCAAGCUCUCUGACUACAUUGCACUCUUAAAAGAGCAGGAGUCAGAUGUUAUUGAGUUACUAAGCGAAGAUUUCGGAGACGAUGGGCGGUAUCAAGACAUUCAGAAUCCGGUUGCUACUACCUGGUUAAUCUCAUUCCAGCAAGUUCAGCGACUAAAUCCGUUAGCAGCUGACUAUCUGUCAUUCAUGGCGUGUAUCAACCCACGUGAUAUUCCACAAUCCUUACUUCCCGAUGCUCCCUCCAAAAAGAAGAAGUUUGAUGCAGUUGGGCUGCUUAAGGCAUUCUCCUUCUGCACCUCUCGACUCGGAACUGGCUAA